CAAGUGAUCGAUCCAACUAAGCCCCAUGUUCUUAGCCCACAAUAACUGACCAGACGCUGAGGACAAAACCCGCUUGAGAUAGCCUAUAAAAACCAACAAAAGAUAGUGUUUUCUACGCCAGUUGUUCUGCCUUGGGGAGUCAUGGAGAUCAUAAGCAACAAUUGCUUUUUGAUCAUUCUGCUUCUCUUUGUAUCUGGUGCAGUACAAAUCAAGGCAGAUUAUACUACCUGCACGAACUACAACAGCCCGUGCUAUUACCAUCAGCUUAAAUGCCCAGUGGAAUGCCCGAGUAUAUAUCCGGCUGACCCACACCCUAAGGUUUGCUAUCUCAACUGCAAUUCGCCUAUCUGCCAACCUGAGUGCAAAAAUAAGAAACCAAAUUGCAAUACCCCUGGAGCAGCGUGCUUGGACCCACGGUUCAUUGGUGCAGAUGGCACUGUAUUCUAUUUCCAUGGCAAAAGAAACGAGCAUUUCACCUUGGUUUCAGAUCUCAAUCUCCAAAUCAACGCUCGCUUUAUUGGACGAAGGCCAGCGGGUAGACCUAGGGACAACACGUGGAUUCAAGCACUAGGAAUCCUUUUCGGUCCUCGCAGUUUCUCUGUUGAGGCUAUCAAAGCAGAAACAUGGGAAGACAAAAUCGACCACCUAAAAUUCUCAUACAAUGGCAAAGAGCUAGCCAUACCUGAAAACUACCCAUCUUUGUGGGUAUCUGCACAAAACGACCUAAAAGUAGAAAGAACAUCGAGGAAAAACAGUGUUUUAGUUACUCUACCUGAAGUUGCAGAAAUUUCAGUCAAUGUGGUGCCAGUGACCGAGGAAGAUGACAGAAUCCAUAACUACCAAAUACCUUCAGACGACUCCUUUGCUCACUUAGAGGUGCAAUUUAAAUUCUAUGGUCUUUCCACAAAGGUUGAAGGAGUGCUUGGUCGCACUUACCAGCCAGACUUUAAGAAUCCGGCAAAGCCUGGUGUUGCAAUGUCGGUGGUGGGAGGUGAAAACAAAUAUAGGACCACGUCACUUUUGUCUGCUGAUUGUGAUUUUUGUGUGUUUUCUCCAGUUGGGGUUCCCAGCAAGGAUGAAUCGCUGGCUAGGGAUGUGGUGCAGAUUGUGGAAUUGUUUUCAGGAAAUGAGUAGCCUACUUUGUUAUCUUCUCGUAAAAUUUUUCGGGAGGUUCUUCUCAAUUAUUUAUUGAAUGCUGCUUUGUAUAGACAAAGGAUUGGUGUGUCGUAUGAGUCAUCCUUAUGGGAUGCAAUUUCAAUUUUCUUGGAAGCUGGAACAAUGUAGCUUUUAAUGUUUUCAGAUGGUUGAUCAAUGAUUCAAUAGACAUAUUAUUUUCAUGGUACUCAA